AUGUCAAACAAAGAACUACUUCAUAUACCACUGGACAAUGGUGUCAAUCUUGCUUAUCGACUUUCGCAUCCGAUUGAUAAAUCAUUACCAACUAUCGUUAUGCAUCACGCAUUCUUGAUGAAUUCACGAUUCUAUGAUCGUCAAUUUAAGGAUAGUCGAUAUGCAGCCUAUAAUUUAAUAUCAAUCGAUGCACAUGGUCAUGGUGAAACAACAGGUCGUGGAAAAGAUUUUACAUUUUGGGAUACAGCUUCGGAUACAUUACAACUUCUUACUAAACUUGAUAUUGAUCAAUUCUAUGUACUUACUUGA